AAUAGUACCGCUCUGUUCUGCCUUGGUCAGACCCCACCUUGAGUACUGUGUCCAGUUCUGGGCGCCACAAUUUAAGAAGGAUGUUUACAAGCUGGAACAUGUGCAGAGGAGGGCAACCAAGAUGAGCAAGAGUCUGGAAACCAAGCUUUAUGAAGAAUGAUUGACUGCAGUGUGGGUGGAAGAAGCUAAACCAGAAAAGAGCAGAUCUAACUGUAAGCUACUUUGCAUAUUGUCAAUUGACUAUAAAUUUAGAUCUGUCUUUUGACUCAGUCCAACAGGCACAAGAACUGUGGAACUCAGGUAAGGAAUGUAAGGUAGAUAGAGGCUAAUAGCAAAAUGUUACAUGGUUUUUGUUAAUAUUAAUUCAGAUUGCUAAAUUUAAAUGAUGCACAUGAUAAAUAUAUACUUUGUGAGCUCUAGUUUAUAGAAUAGAUCUACAGAGAACAGUGCUAUAAGAAUCAGCUUACUAACAUACAUAAUUUUAGUGUGGAAUUUUGAAGUUCAGUCCCUGUCUAAUAUCCUAGAUUUUUCCUUGUGGUUCUGGGGAUUCUUUUCCAUUUCACCAUAAGCAAUUCUAGGAAUGAAAAACUUAGCUUUGUUUUAUGAUCUUGUGUUUUGUCUUAGGCACUGAGGCAAAUUUCAGAAAGAAUAGAGCAAAUUAUUUGAAUUAAUGAGACUUUACUUCUUAGUAAAUAAUUCAGUUAACUGAGGUUUCUAAUUCAAGUUAAAGGUUUUGUGAAUUCAGUAAUCUUUCCAAAUGUUAAAAUGCAAACAUUAAUUGACAUUUUUAUUAUAAACAAUUUUUAUUAUCGACAAUUUACUGAUUCAGCUUUUAUAAUGCAUGAUCAAUAAAUAUGUUUCAUUGAUUGCUGUUUAGCAAUAUAAAACUCCUAGCACAUUUGCAAAGCUAAUCAGUGUCUGGUAUGGUUUCAAAUUGGAUGGGGGACCAGACAUGUUGAGAUUCUUGCAUUGGAGGAAGUUGGACUAGAUGAUCCUCCAACUCUACAAUUCUAUGAUUCUAUAAUUCAGUUAAAUCUUCCUUGCUCUAGAUUACAGGCUGCAGACCCAAUUUGUUUGCAGGGGGAGGGGGGCGUUCUUCUGUACAUGUGUUAUGGAAUUCUCUAUGCUGGAGUAGGCUGGUGGAAACUGACAAGUGUGAUUGUGAGGCACAGGGAGAGCCAAUUCAUCCCUUACAUGUUCUGAAGGUCAGCUGGUGGGUCCUGAGUCAUUACAGGAGAUUGAUUGCUCUCUAAGCAACUUCCCAUUAAAUCCUAACCACAUAGAUUAUAUGCAAUUAAAUAACAUGCCCGCAGUCAGAGUAAUACUUUGAUAUUUGCUAGCAAGCUGCUCCAGUAAUCCCUGAUAAAUGGAAGAAAACAACUUCUUACACUAUUGCUUAUAAUAAAAAUAAUGUAUUGGAAGGGAGGAUGAGAAACAUUAAUUUACCAUUACCUUUCGCAUUAUUUGCUAUAUGAAGUUGUUGAGUUGCUAUCUUACAGAAUAAAAGAUACAACAUUAUUUUGGCUGGAGGAGUUGGCAAAUUUUGAAUUCUGAUGUUAGGCACAGCCUGAAAAGGAGAGUUUCUGUUAAAAGAUAUGGGGCACAAUUUGAUCAAGGUGAAUACAUGUAGGCCUCAAUAAUUUCAGUGAGAGAGUUAAGCACAUUUCAAGCUUUUCCACAGACAACACCCCUCUUUCCCUGGGCUAAUAAUCAGCAUAAGUGAUAGGAAUAGCAAGGCACACACUGCAGAGAAAAAGAGUGGGUACAGGGAAUAAUGGAGAAGUUCAUGUACCAGUCAUUCUGACAACGGCAUGUGUUUUUGCCCAGGAAAAUCUGCCAUAUGAUUUCACAUCCUCAACUGUAAAGCUAAAGAGAUUUAUCUAGUUGCAAGUAUCUAUGCUUAUAUUGAUUAUUUUAAAAUAUCUCCUUUGCAUAUGGAACACUGUAUUUAAAUAGGUCAGUACAACAACAUUGCCGUCUCCCACAUAUUUGCAUAAUAUCAGAAGUGCACUAAAAAUACUGACAAUCACACCUAGCCUAUUGCAAUGUAUGAAUCACUAAAGCUGAUACACAGUUCUCCAUUUCUAGCUCUAUACCUGAGACACCACAGCUUGGGAAGCUUUUGGGAUGCCAUGGACAGAUUGCCCAUCUUAAGCAACUCCCACGCUGGACAGAUGUCUAGACUUGGCUGCAGGGACCUUUAUGCUGCACUCCAUUUCUACCCAGAGAUCCCAAACCAAUUCGCUGGCCCCGAAGAUUUGCCUCUGCUUCCUUUCACACCAGAGCAGCUGACGGCUGAGAAUUUCUACAGCGAUCCUUGUGCGUUCCCAUUUCAAGGUCCCUGUGGGAAUUUUGGCAGAUGCGAGUACUCUUGCGGCCCGGCAUUCAUCAGAAAAAGGAAUGAAAGGGAAAGGCAGAGAGUAAAGUGUGUCAACGAAGGCUACGCCAAACUCAGACAUCACCUACCUGCCGAAUACCUAGAGAAACGACUCAGCAAAGUAGAAACACUCCGAGCUGCAAUUAAAUACAUCAGGUAUCUCCAAUCUGUGCUUUACAAUGAUUCAGAGGAGAAUAGCAGGGAAGCUCACCACGCACCCAAAGAUAGCUCUCAAAGCGAUCACGCUCCAAGGACUUCAUAGUCUGCUCGAGAUCAAAUAAAGUCUUCUCUGGAAGCUCCAAAGACAAUCCUGCCUGUUCAAAGAUGCUUGUAAGACUGAACUUGCUCUACAAUGUGGUGAUUUCAGGGCUUGUGACUGUGAUGACAUGAAUCUUGCUAAAAUGUGUGGAAGUUUCAAAUGAUUGAAAUGGCUGGAAUCAUUUUAACAGAUGGAUAUGAGAGAUCAGUAAUACGUGGUUAAUUUUGGUUACAAGGGGGCGGGGGAGGACACCAAUGUGUCAACUCAAGCUGAAUGCUUUAGGUUAUAUUUUAAUAAAAAGAUUCUGCUCCUUUCUGAGAACAGUAACCUCUCUCUCUUUGCUAACAUUUAUUUCUUAAAAAAAUAUAAUUUAAGUUACUGUAUAAAUUGAUAAAAUGUAUAAAGUUUCUGUACAGAUUCUGUUUGCACAGAAUGUAUAAACUGGAAACCACUUGACUGUUGUAACAGCAACAACAAAAAAGACAGUAUUGUAAAAACACACUAACUUUGGAAAUGCUAAUAUUGAGUU